AACAACCAUUGCCCCCCUCAAAAUGGCUACUACUACGCAGGACGUCCCUGUCAGUGGACUUCCGCCCAUUGUCCCCAAGGACUUCACCGCACAGCAGCCGGAGACUAUCCGCCUGUACCCCCUGUCGAACUAUACCUUCGGCACUAAGGAGACACAACCAGAAGAGGAUCCUUCGGUUCUGGCACGGCUGAAGCGCCUCGAAGAACACUAUGGCCUCCAUGGAAUGCGACGGACCUGCGAGGGAAUCCUGGUGUGUCACGAGCACAACCACCCCCAUGUGCUGAUGCUGCAGAUUGCCAAUGCAUUCUUUAAGCUGCCAGGCGAUUAUCUGCACCAUGAGGACGAUGAAAUUGAAGGUUUCAAGAAACGACUGAAUGAGCGCCUUGCGCCUGUGGGAUCUCAGUUCUCUGGCGAAGGUGUUAAUGAUGACUGGGAAAUCAGCGACACACUUGCGCAAUGGUGGCGACCCAACUUUGAGACUUUUAUGUACCCGUUCCUUCCUGGACAUGUCACGCGCCCCAAGGAGUGCAAGAAGUUGUACUUCAUCCGCCUCCCGAAGAAGAAGGUUCUCUCGGUCCCGAAGAACAUGAAACUUCUCGCUGUGCCGCUGUUCGAGCUGUAUGAUAACACAGCUCGCUAUGGCCCUCAACUUUCUGCCAUCCCCCAUCUCCUAUCGCGAUACAACUUCGAGAUGGUCGAUGAGAAUGACAACAUUGUUGCUGUGACUCCUGGCACUCCGCUGCCUCCUGGCUACACUAUUCCUCCCAGAGUUCUCGUUAACGGUGAUGGCGCAGACGCAGACGAAGGACAGGACACUGGUAUGACUGGCGUUGAGGAGGGAAUGAAAAUCGAAUCUCACCAAUAGUGGGGAGUGAUUCCAAGAACAAUGAAACGCCAACCAAGCCUACUUUAGGCCUGAGCACCGAGUGUCCCGGGUGGGCUAAGGUUCUUUUCUGGCAGCAAUGAUGAACAAGAUACGGCUCUGACUGGUAUCGAGGACGGGAUUCGCCAAUAAUGGGAUUCUUUUCGAGACCUCGAGAGAAAAAAGGAAAAAAAGCCCCCAAAAAAAAGCCGCAUUGAAAACGGAAUGGAGACAGCCAGUCAAAUCAAUUUUACGCUUCUAAUGAUCACACA